AUGGCCCCGGUAACUAGCGGAAAUGCGAAUCACGGACUGACCGAAUCAAUCUCGGCCGUGGAUCCGACAGCUGUCCGUCAUGAGAAUCAGCAAAGCAUUCAAGUUGCUUCUGAUCGUUUGACGUACACGCCCGAGUUCAUUCAUGCCCGAUACGAAUACCAGAACACGCACGUCGAGCGAACGCGUGGCGCCGAUGGUAAGGAAGAGCUCAUUGCGAAGCCAUUCAAGCAAGAAUUUGAGUUCCGCACGUCUCGUUCUGUUCCUCGCACGGGUCUUAUGCUUGUGGGAUUGGGCGGUAACAACGGUACUACGAUCUCCGCCACUGUGCUUGCGAACCGCCACCAAAUUCAGUGGCACAACAAGGAAGGUCUUCAGACACCCAACUAUUACGGAUCGCUUGUGCGAGCGUCAACUGUACGUCUCGGCAGUGAUGCUCAGUCUGGAAAGGAUGUCUGGGUGCCUUUCAGCCAGAUGCUUCCUAUGGUGCAUCCGAAUGACUUGGUCCUUGGUGGCUGGGACAUAAGCAGUGCUCCUCUUGACAAGGCUAUGGAACGUGCUAAAGUACUUGACUAUGACUUGCAGCGCCAACUUGCCCCACACAUGGCCGAGAUCAAGCCACUUCCGUCCGUUUACUACCCAGACUUCAUUGCGUCCAACCAAGAAGACCGUGCUGACAAUGUUAUCCCGGGCCACGACAAGCAGGCCCAUGUUGAGCAGUUGCGCCAAGACAUUCGUAGUUUUAAACAAAAACAUGGUUUGGAGCAAGUUAUUGUGGUUUGGACUGCAAACACGGAGCGCUACUCGGACAUUAUCCCUGGCGUGAACGACACGGCCGACAACCUGCUUCGUGCCGUGCAGUCGAGUCACGAAGAAGUUUCGCCAUCUACGAUCUUCGCGGUCGCUUGUAUUCUUGAAAAUACGCCUUACAUUAAUGGCGCACCACAAAACACUUUCGUACCGGGAGCAAUUGAGCUAGCUGAGCGACACAAGGCAUUUAUCGGCGGCGAUGAUCUCAAGACUGGCCAGACGAAAGUUAAGAGUGUCUUGGCCGAGUAUCUUGUGAACGCUGGUAUCAAGCCGUUGUCGAUUGCAAGCUACAACCAUUUAGGCAACAAUGAUGGCUACAAUCUCAGUUCACAGCGUCAAUUCCGCAGCAAGGAAAUCAGCAAGAGCAGUGUCGUUGAUGACUGUUGCGAAGCCAAUUCCCUGUUGUACAGUCCAGCUCCGACUGGCAAAGAUGCAAGCGGAAAUGCGCCUGCAAAGGGGGAGCGUCCCGACCACUGUAUUGUCAUAAAGUAUAUGCCAGCUGUGGGCGAUCAGAAGGUGGCUAUGGAUGACUACACUAGUGAGUUGUGCAUGGGAGGUCGGAACCGGCUCUAUGUGACGAACCUGUGUGAGGAUUCACUGUUAGCUAGUCCAUUGCUUCUGGACCUGGCUAUCCUGGCCGAGCUCAUGACACGUAUUUCGUACCGCGACCCAGGUGCGGACGAAUCUUCUUGGCAGUCUAUGUACUCGAUUCUCAGUCUGCUGAGCUACAGUCUAAAGGCGCCACUCGUCAAGCCACGAACAGACGUUGUGAACAGUCUGAAUCGGCAACGCGCAGCUGUGACCAACUUCCUUCGUGCUUGCCUUGCACUUGCGCCUGAGAGUGACAUGCUUCUUGAGACUCGCUUGUGGUGA